AUGGGUAGAAGCUGCGGCGACCCGGGGGGUCGCCUAUGGGUGACCGUCCUUGUGCUGGUGGCUGCAACGUUUCUGUCAAGUAAUCUAGGAGUGGUAUCGGGGGAGGCAUACACUUAUGCUUCUCCCCCACCUCCUUCACCGCCUCCUCCUACUUACAAUUACGAGUCCCCACCUCCGCCGAAAAAGUCACCGCCUCCUCCUUACUAUUACACGUCCCCGCCCCCACCGAAAAAGUCACCGCCUCCUCCUUACUACUACUACACGUCCCCGCCCCCACCGAAAAAGUCACCGCCUCCUCCUUACUAUUACGAGUCCCCGCCACCACCGAAAAAGUCACCUCCUCCUCCUUACUAUUACGAGUCCCCGCCCCCACCGAAAAAGUCACCGCCUCCUCCUUACUAUUACGAGUCCCCGCCUCCGCCGAAAAAGUCACCGCCUCCUCCUUACUAUUACACGUCCCCGCCUCCGCCGAAAAAGUCACCGCCUCCUCCUUACUAUUACGAGUCCCCGCCUCCACCGAAAAAGUCACCGCCUCCUCCUUACUAUUACGCGUCCCCGCCUCCACCGAAAAAGUCACCGCCUCCUCCUUACUAUUACGAGUCCCCGCCCCCACCGAAAAAGUCACCGCCUCCUCCUUACUAUUACACGUCCCCGCCUCCGCCGAAAAAGUCACCCCCUCCUCCUUACUAUUACACGUCCCCGCCUCCACCGAAAAAGUCACCUCCUCCUCCUUACUAUUACACGUCCCCUCCCCCACCGAAAAAGUCACCGCCUCUUCCUUACUAUUACACAUCCCCGCCUCCGCCUAAAAAGUCACCGCCACCACCCAAAGUCAAGGUUACGGGAAAGGUCUACUGCUACAAGUGUUACGCGGGGGGAUCACCCAUCAAGUCGCACAUCAAGAAAGGCUUCAAAGGUGAUAAUUCUAAGGAAAUCAUUCGAUUUAUUUACAAAAUUAGUAUCUUUUCACGGGAAUUUCGUCCAUAUUGUAAUCAAAAUACUAAUCUUGUGCCAUUUUUUAUGAUCUGUACAGGUGCGAUCGUGAAGGUGACAUGCAAGGAUGUGGUUGCCUUCGGAAAGGCUAAACCUAGUGGGAAAUACAGCGUUACUAUUAAGGGGUACGACUAUCAGAAGUAUGGAGCUGCUGAGUGCAAGGCCCAGCUCUAUGCACCGCCCGUGGGUUCUAUCUGCAAAAUUCCCACUGACUUGAACAAUGGCAAAAAAGGUGCCAAGCUCCAUGUCAAGUCAAAGAGCGAUGAACUGAUCGUCCUCGAAGCCAAGGCUUUCGCCUACGCCCCCAAAACCCCAUACAAGGAGUGCACGAAGCCUGAACACAUUCCCCCGGUUUACUACUACAAGUCUCCACCUCCACCGGUGAAGCCUCCGACUCACCCAUACUACUACGAAUCUCCACCACCCCCCAAGAAGACCCCCCCACCAACCUACUACUACAAGUCUCCACCUCCACCGGUGAAGCCUCCAACUCACCCAUACUACUACGCAUCUCCACCACCCCCCAAGAAGACCCCCCCACCAACCUACUACUACAAGUCUCCACCUCCACCGGUGAAGCCUCCGACUCACCCAUACUACUACGAAUCUCCACCACCCCCCAAGAAGACCCCCCCACCAACCUACUACUACAAGUCUCCACCUCCGCCGGUGAAGCCUCCGACUCACCCAUACUACUACGAGUCUCCACCACCCCCCAAGAAGACCCCCCCACCAACCUACUACUACAAGUCUCCACCUCCGCCGGUGAAGCCUCCGACUCACCCAUACUACUACGAAUCUCCACCACCCCCCAAGAAGACACCCCCACCAACCUACUACUACAAGUCUCCACCUCCGCCGGUGAAGCCUCCGACUCACCCAUACUACUACGAAUCUCCACCACCCCCCAAGAAGACUCCCCCACCAACCUACUACUACAAGUCUCCACCUCCGCCGGUGAAGCCUCCGACUCACCCAUACUACUACGAAUCUCCACCACCCCCCAAGAAGACUCCCCCACCAACCUACUACUACAAGUCUCCACCUCCGCCGGUGAAGCCUCCGACUCACCCAUACUACUACGAAUCUCCACCACCCCCCAAGAAGACACCCCCACCAACCUACUACUACAAGUCUCCACCUCCGCCGGUGAAGCCUCCGACUCACCCAUACUACUACGAAUCUCCACCACCCCCCAAGAAGACCCCCCACCAACCUACUACUACAAGUCUCCACCUCCGCCGGUGA